CUGCUUCUAACUUCAUCCAAAAAUCACUCUCUUCCCCUACACAAGCCACUUUCAUUCCCCCCCUGCUUCUUCUACUGCAGUGGAAGAGCUUAUCUCUUUCCGGCAAUGACAGCGGAGGAGGACCGAGUCUGGGCCAUCUGGCGGACCCGCCUGGGCUCGGCCUUUCGGACCGCCCUGGCAUGCGCCAUGGUAGGUUGCGCCACCCUCUACGGCCCCGAACCCCUCCGCACCCAACUCCCAUUUCCGGCCUUCGCUUACGUGACCGCCAUACUGAUCGUGUCGGAGGCGACACUUGGCGACUCUGUAAAGGGAUGCUGGCACGCCCUGUUGGCGACCGCCCAGGUGCUGCCAGCGUCCGUAGUGAGCCUCUGGCUCAUCGGACCCGAACACUUCUCCCCGGCCGUCGCAGCCGCCGCCGUGGCGGCGGGGGCGUUCAUGGUGGCGGUGCCGGAGUGGUCCCACUUGAUGACCAAGAGGAUUGCGUUUGGACAGAUUGUGAUUGUGUAUGUUGGGGCUGUGGUGUACGGUAAGGAGGCUGGGGAUGUGAUGCACCCGAUCCAUGUGGCGGCUUGUACGGCUCUCGGGGCAUUGGCUUCGGUAUUGGCUAUGCUGUUGCCGUACCCUCGUCUAGCUUACGCAGAGGUAAACAAACUGAGUAGAUUGUACACUCAAAAUGCAUCAGAAAGGAUUAGCCUCCUAAUGAAGGCAUUCUCUGCACAAAAUACCACAAUUGCGUUGGAGACAGUAUCGCAAGCCAAGCCCUUGCAAGAAACAGGAGCCAAGCUUCUUCAGAGUAUCAAACUCAGACAGGAAAGUGUGCAAUGGGAGAGACAUCAAAUCAGGCCAAAGCCCCACUUCAGAAAGCCAGGAGAUAGAUUGCAAGACAUUGAAAUUCAGAUAAGAGGAAUGGAAAUGGCACUAACUUGUUGCUCUUCCUUUCCUAUUACCUUCAUUGAUGAAGAGCUCCAAAAGAUUUUACUAGCAGUGGAAGGGCAAAUUGGCCAAAAACUAGAGCAAGUCAAGUGUAUUCCCACACUUCUCGAUGCAUCAACAGCUCCGGAGCCGACAAAGGGAGAGCUUUUCAACAAAUUCCUUGAUUCCCUUAAAGUCAUAGAUCCAAACAGUGGAAACCAAACAACAUUUUUUUUCUUCCUUUCUUGUAUAGAACUUCUCCUAGAUGACUCAACCAUCACUCAACAAAAUCCAACACGUAUAGUCGAAAAAUCAAAGGAUGAAGAAUCCAGAAAUUCAGUACAAGAAGCCAAAAACAUGUUCAAAAGGAUCUGGCCAAAGAAUGAAACACUACUUUUUGCAUUCAAGUGUUCGAUUUCUCUAGGCAUUGCCGUUUUCUUCGGUUUGGAAUUCAACAAGGAAAAUGGAUACUGGUCUGGCCUAACCAUCGCUAUCAGCUUUUCCGCCCAAAGACAAGCGACGUUUAGAGAAGCAAAUGCUAGAGCACAAGGAACAGCAUUGGGGUCAGUAUAUGGUGUUCUGGGUUGCUAUUUCUUCAGCGAAUGUCUGGAGUUAAGAAUUUUAGCCCUUAUACCUUGGAUAGUUCUCACGACUUUUCUGAGGCAUAGUAAAAUGUACAGCCAAGCCGGUGGGGUUUCAACCGUUAUAGGAGCCUUACUGAUCCUAGGAAGGAAGAAUUACGGCCUUCCAGCUGAAUUUGCCAUUACCAGACUCACAGAGGCUUUCAUUGGAUUGUUUUGUUUCAUCAUAGUCGAACUUCUCUUGCAACCCACAAGAGCAGCAACUCUAGCGAAAAAACAACUAUCUCAGAGCUUGGGUGCACUCCGAGAAGGUAUCGGGCAAGUGGGACUUUCUCCCGACGAGAAAGACAUGGAUAUCGUCUUUCUGACACUGAGAGAAAAGCAAGAGAAGCUAAAAGUUCAUGUGAAUCAAUUAAAGAAGUUUGCUGGAGAAUCCGAAUUGGAGCCUAAUUUCUGGUUCUUGCCCUUUCGGACUGCAUGUUAUAACAAGUUGCUCAUGUCUAUAUCUAAGAUGGUGGAUCUUCAACUUUUCAUGGCUGUUCAAAUGGAGUCCUUAGUAGAAGAAUCAAGGAGAUGUGGAGUUGCUUGGAGAGAUCUCCAAGAACGGAUCAACAGUGACCUGGAUCUUUUCAAGAAAGGUGUAAGUUCGUCUCUGCACUUCCUUGAAAAGAUAACUUCGAUCGAGUCCUUUUCUGUGUUUGAAAGAAAAGACAAGGAGGUAUAUGAUGAUCUUGAGUUGGGAAAAUCAUCACAUGAAGAUGUGUGCAUUGUUGACUUGGAGAAGACUGCAAGUUUCUUCCUCUAUCACUCAAACGAAGUAAGUGAAAAGUUAUGGGCUAAUAAAGAAGGUGAGGAGAGAAGAGCGAGCCAAAUGGCUCUUCACCAAAGUGCCGUACGGUUUUGCAUCAGUGGCUUAAUGAAGGAAACAAAAGAGAUUGAGAAAGGAAUAAAAGAAUUGGUUCAGUGGGAGAAUCCUUCAACUCGCAUGAAUUUCUACGAUAUUUCUCGUAAAAUCCGUGUUUUGUUUCCUGAGUAAAUUUAGCAACACUGCCUCUCAUGGAUUCGGUGAGCUACCAAGCACAACGCAUCAGUGAUGAACUUGCCAGCACCCUGGUGAGAGCUGGCUGUCUGGGGACAGGUUAAAGCAGGCCUACUGGGCUUAAUCUCAUGAGAUUAGAUGAAAGGUGGAUAACAAUAAAACCAUGCCGAAGAUGGCUGCUAUUAGAAAACCGUAUAAUCUUGUGAUACUGACCCCAAAGUGUAAAAUUUUGUCCUAACCUAUUUUUCAAUGUGAUUGUAGUGCUGAAAAUGAUCAUAGAUUUUCUUUCA